GCCGGGCCGGGCCGCGCUGGGGGAAGCACCAGAAAGGCAAGGAGGAGCCGCGCUCCUCUCCGCUCAUGUGACCGGCGGCGGUUCCCGCUCGGGGCUGCCCAGAAAUAGCUGUGGUCGCUUUUCCGCUGCCGGGGACUGGGAGCCGGGCCUGACUCCGGCCGAGGAUGCGAAGCGGCUGCUGCCCGAGCAGAUGAUGGCGAUACGCGAGCUGAAAGUGUGUCUGCUCGGAGAUACUGGGGUUGGGAAAUCUAGUAUAGUUUGUCGAUUUGUCCAGGACCAUUUUGAUCACAAUAUUAGCCCUACUAUUGGUGCAUCCUUCAUGACUAAAACUGUGCCUUGUGGGAAUGAGCUUCACAAAUUUCUCAUCUGGGAUACAGCUGGUCAGGAGCGAUUUCAUUCCUUGGCGCCAAUGUACUACCGAGGUUCAGCUGCAGCUGUUAUAGUAUAUGACAUCACCAAACAGGAUUCAUUUCAUACUUUGAAGAAGUGGGUAAAAGAAUUAAAAGAACAUGGUCCAGAAAACAUUGUAAUGGCCAUCGCUGGAAACAAAUGUGAUCUUUCUGAUAUCAGGGAGGUACCUAUGAAGGAUGCCAAAGAAUAUGCAGAAACUAUAGGUGCAAUUGUUGUUGAAACCAGUGCAAAGAAUGCAGUUAAUAUUGAGGAACUCUUUCAAGGAAUCAGUCGACAAAUCCCACCCUUGGACUCUCAUGAAAAUGGUAACAAUGGAGCAAUCAAACUUGGAAAGCAGACUACACAAAUGAAUAGGCGAUGCUGCUGACCCAACUUGUUCUGUUUUGAUAUUACUUGAAAAAAUAAUACCAUUUGCUUAUUCACUGAGCAAAGGAAGACUUCAUGAUCUCAGUGACAUGGCACCUUGUCGUGAAAGCAACAGUACUUCAUGCGAGUAAUAAUGCAAGGAUUGGGAGCAGAAAUUUUUUUUUCUUUGAAAGAAUUUGGCAAAACCUAGGUGGAAAGUCCUCCCUACCAUCCUGGCCAACAUUACAGUGUUAAAUUACUCCAAUCCUUCUUUUUUAAGCCAGUGACUGUUGAUUUUUUUUUCCAAAUAAAUGGACCUCUUCUUAUGCAAGCUUUAGAUUUGCUG